AUGCGGGAUGAUGCUGUUGCACCAGGUGAGGGAGCGCCGCUGCCAGUGCCGCCAUGCAUCGACGACUUCGACGUCGGCCAGGAGCUCGGGAAGGGCGGCUUUGCCGUCGUCUAUCGGGCCCGGGUGCGAUCGACCGGCCUAGAAGUCGCUCUCAAGGUCGUGGACAAGCACCGGGCCGCGGAGCACCUCCGCGGCACCGCAACGAGUACCGGCGGCGGCGGCGGCGGCGGGGACGGGGAAGGAGGGCUUGGUGGGGGCUUGGAGCUCGCGUGUGCCCGAGUGGCGAACGAGGUGCGCCUGCACUGGGGGCUGAGGCACCCGGCAGUGGUAGAGCUGCUCGAGUUCUUCGAGGACGAGCGGUUCGUCUACCUGGUGCUGGAGCUAUGCGGGGGCGGUGACCUGUACCGCAGGCUGCGGGGCGCCGGCGGCAGCAGUAGCGGCAGUAGCGGGCCGCUCGAUGAGAGAGAGGCGGCCGGCUACAUGGGCCAGUUGCUGGCGGGGUUGCAGUACCUCCACGAGAGCGGGAUCAUGCACCGGGACCUGAAGCUGUCGAACCUGCUGCUUUCGGAGGACGGCAGGCGGCUGAGGAUUGCGGACUUCGGUCUGGCGGUCAAGCUCGAAGCGGAGGACAGCGAAAGACACACGCUCUGCGGCACGCCCAACACGAUGGCCCCGGAGGUGCAGGGGCCGGUGUACGGGGCGUCGGCGGCGGGGCAGCAGCCGGGGGGUUACGGGCUAUCGGCAGACCUGUGGUCCGCGGGGUGCCUCUUGUACACCAUGCUGACCGGGAGGGCGCCGUUCCAGGGGAGGAGGGUAGGGGACACGCUGGCGAACGCGAGGUCCGGGCGCUACGCGGUGCCGGAAGGGCUGUCGGACAUCGCGAGAGACUUCUUGGCCUCCAUGCUGAGCUUGGACCCGCGCCGCAGGAUGCGUGUGGAAGAGGCCGCCGCACACCCGUUUCUGCGCUUGGACAAGCAGCCGCCUCAACGCGGCCCCGCCGUCGCAGCACCAGCCGCACCUGAGCGAGGAAGCAGCAGCACUCCCAACGGGACCCUCGCCGAAGAUACGCGCGAAGAGGCGGCGGGGGGAGGAGCGGCGGCUAGCGGGGAUGCUGGGAGGCGAACCGUAACGUCGAACGACGACGAAGGAGAAGAAUACCCUUCUUAUUGUUCUUCCAGAGGCAGAUUGGACUACAAAGCCGGGCCAUCGCCGCCGUUUGGCGAGGAGGGCAGUAGCACCAGCAGCACCAGCAGCAGCGGCGGCGGCAAAGGUGGACUAACGAAAGGAGCUGCCGUCGACGCCGCUGCCGCCGCCGCAGCGACCUUAGCGGGCAACAGCACCCUGACGGAGUCCACGGCGGGGCUCGGGUCCUCCGACCUCUACUCCGUCAGCUCCAGCUUCUUGGACGGGGAUUACAACAUGGCCUCCUUUGCGACCCUCAGGGCAGAGACCGUGCCCACCCCGGCGACCAUCGGCGCCGGAGCCGCUGCGGCCGCCGCCCGCGUCCGGCGCGCCACCGCUCAAGCCCGGUUUCGAGCCUCCGCAGACGGGGGAGUCGCGCUCGACGGCAGGGCAGCAGCGGCCGGGGGAAGGGACGGAAUCCGCGACGAUGGCGGCGGUGGCGGUGGCGGCCGCGGUGGUGGGAGAGCGAGAAAUGCGUGGCCAACCGCGCGACCAUUGGUCGAGGCAGCGGGCGGAGGCGAGCGGACGGCUGGGCGAGGCGGAAACGGAGCUGGCACCGCGGAGAGAAGGGGUGGCAUCAGCGCGGGAAGGAGAAGCACGGCGGGAGGGCGCUCCUCUGCCGGUGCAAGGCUGGAGUCGAAGGAGCGGUUCGGGUGGAAGGGCAAGGCGGCGGCCGUCGAGGUCUACCCGGACGGUCGUGCGAGCAUCGCGGUGGGAAAGCGGUGGCUGAUCGCUUCCGCGGACGGCGAGCGAGUGUGGGCCGGGGGCGGCGGCGUGACAGAGGCCGCAAGCGGUGGCGGCAGGCGUACCUCCUUAUCCUUCUCGAGGGAGGCAGCGGCAGUCGGGGGCGGUCGGGUGUUGGGCACGAUGGAGGCGUGCUUGGCGUCGGGAGACAACAAGGACGAUUUGGCCGACCCCGGCUUUAGCCUCGAUGCGCUGCCGGCGGCUCUCCACCCGCUGUACAGGAGCCUCGCCGGCAUUGUGGACGCCCUUCGGAGCAAGACGCCCAAGGUGGUGCUGCGCCGUGACCCGCCGCCGCCGCCGCCGCCGCCGCAAGCGGGAGUACCAGGCCGAGCUCCGCAACAGCGGGCCGAGGAGAAGUUCACUCUGUGUGCCUUGAUGGAGAACCUGCCGGACCCCGACUUCGCCGCCGCCUUCGCCGACGGCGCCUCGCUGUCCCUCUGGACCCGAAAGGGCGAGCUGCGGGUCGAGCUCCCGGGCGGCCGUGUCCGCAGCUGGGCGGUGGCCGCCGGCGGCGAGUGGCCGGGGGUGGCCACGAUCCGCGGCGCCGGUGCCGUCUGCGGUAGUGGUGGUCGCGGCGGCGGGGCUAGCGUUGCUGGCUACGGGCUGAUUGCGGCGGCGGGGGGCCGUGAGCGGGCCGAGGGGCGCGGGAGCGGCAACGACGACAAGCAGGAGUCGCUGGGCUACGGGGAGCGGGUGUCCCGAGAAGGAUGGGGAGGGGGAGCGGGUGUCGCGAGAAGGAUGGGGAGGCCUGCGAUCGACGGGUGCCUGGGGGAGGCGAAGGAAAGUGGUGGCGGCGGCAGCAGCAACCAGGCUUGCGGCUCCGGGGCGGGGAGCGGGCGCGCGGCUGGGCUGGGCGCGUGGUGGCGGGGAGAGGAAGAAGACGGCGCCAGCAGCUCCAACGCUUCGGACAGCUCGGUGUCGCCAAGGGGCGCGAGAAGAGCAGAAGAGCCCAGCAGCCGGCGGGAUGGUGGCGGCCUUGGUUGGCGUGAAGACGACGGCAGCGGCAGGGGCGGCGGCGGCGGCGGCGGCGGCGGCGGCGGCGGCGGCGGGAGCGGCGGCGGCAUCUCCGUCGACAAAGCCGGCAAGGACGGCGGUUGGCGCGAUGCGAGCUCCGCCGGAAGCUUCGUGUACGCUGAACGAUGCAGCAGUGAGCUACGGCAGCAGCAGUCGAGGCAGCACCAGCGCCCGGCCUGCUCCCCCGAGGGGUCCCAACAGCUAUCGCCGGCACCCCCACCAAUAGCGGCGGACCGUCACCCCGGAGUCGUGCUCGCGGCCGUGAGCAGGGCGGCCUCGCCGCCGCUCUUUGCACCGGCGGGGCCGGAGAGGGAUGACACUGCUACUCGAGACGUCACCGGACGCGCACCCUUCCUGCCGCCGCAGCGUCGGGGACAAGCUGUCUUCAUGUACGGUGACGGGGAACUGGGAGGAGGAAGAGGAGGAAGAGGAGGAGGAGGAGGAGGAGGACAAGGCGGGGGAGCAGAAGGACGUGGGGGUGCGAGGGGAAGAAGAAUUGGAGAGGCAGGAGGAGGAGGGGGAGGAGAAGGAGGAGGAAGAGAAGGAGGGGGGCCGCGUCUCGACCCGAACCCAUCAACCUGUUCGUCGUUCUCCGAGGGCAACCUAGCCCAAGCAGUCGGGGUGUUGCCAGCAGAGCCAACAACCCCCCCGAAUAGCGCGGCGCGGCGGGGCCGCGGGGGCAAGGCCGCUGCUGCUGCCCCUCCCCGUGACGAGGAUCUCAGACCGCUACCCGACAGGGGGCGACGUGGUGGCGCCAGCAUUCCCGGGGUGGGGGAGGCAUGCAGGAACGGAGACGGCGACCUCGAGGUGCGGUUCUGUGACGGGGUGAUGGUCGUGGUGGACGCUAAGGCCAAGUGGAUGCGGGUAGAACGACGCCAACAGCAGCAGCGCGGGGGCCACCACCACUCCCCCCCGCACCCCGGCAGCGGUGCCCCCAUCCCCUCUAAGACGACCCGAAGCGUAACGUACGACCUCGGGAAACACGCCGCCGGGCGGAGAAAGGAAGCCCGCGGCGUCGGUGGGAGUCGAGAGUUGGGUGAACGCAUGCCCCGGGAUGUGAAGGACAGGAUGAAGGCGCUGCCGCGCUUCAUUGCUAUGCUUAAGGAUGACGGUCCCCCGCCGGCAAGAGACGGGCGACCGAAAGACGCGGCUUCUGCACAGGGGACCGGGGAGGUAAAGUGCACAAGAGUUAUGUUUUACGUGCCGCAUGCAACGUCGGCAACCGAGCUUUUUUUCCGGUUCUCUCUCGCUGAUUGCUGA